AUGAAAAAUCUUCUUAGUACUGCCAACAUACCCCCAGAAUUCCUAAAAUCUGUAUAUAUGAUAGGGAAAGUCCCCCGAAAGGCUCUUAUUUCGGAACCACGAGUCUCUUACAGCCUAUAUAUUCCGCCAGACCAUUACAAGAAUAUCUUGCACGCUCAAGCAAAUGGCACCCCACAGGCCGCAUGCCGCAAGCUUCCUUUAUUAGUCUUUAUUCAUGGCACUCUGCGUGAUGAUUCUUAUGCCGAAAGAGGCCUUAUGCCAUUCGCUGAAUCCACGCCUUGUGCCAUUAUGGCGCCGCUCUUCCCUGCCGGACUCGAUAGCUCUGCCGACUUAGACUCGUACAAAUUACUUCGAUCUCCGACGCUGCGAUCCGAUUUAGCGCUUGUAGAUAUGCUAAAUGAGGUAGCCUAUCGCUGGCCUGGAAUAGACACAACAAAAUUUUUCUUAAUGGGUUAUUCGGGUGGCGCUCAAUUCGCACAUCGGUUCUUAUACCUCUACCCUGAGAGGCUGGCAGCUGUCAGUAUUGGAGCCCCGGGAAGCGUCACUAUCCUAGACCAUUCAACUUCAUGGCCGACAGGAAUAGCAGAUGUGAAAGAGCUUUUCGGAAAACGUAUCGACAUAAAUUUGAUCAAGCAGGUUAAAAUACAACUGGUUGUUGGCGAUGCUGACGUUGAAGUUCACGGCGGGAUGGAAUUUUGGAUCUGGUUACAGAAGUUCAAGGCUGCGAAAAGCGCUGACUUAUCGAGCAACGUGGAAUGGAACAAAACCUCAAAUAAGGAAAUUGUUCAAAAUAGACUGGGAAUUUUGAAAAGAUUACAGGCAUUAUGGCAGGAAGAUGGGAUCGAUGCGCAGCUUGAUAUUGUAGAUGGGGCUAGGCACGAGAGUCUCAAAUGUCAAAGUCGCUCUUUAAAGUUCUUACAGCCACUGAUUCAGGAAUGA